UCGAGUGAGUAGCAACCAAGCGAGUAGCAGUCAAGUGAGUAACAUAAACAUUGUGGACUGGAGGUGUAUGGCCGCCACACAGUGCAGUAGUACAGACUGCGGUGUAAACAAAUCCUGUCCAGAAGAAUUAUUGAUCCUGAUAGAAAUUCCGACAUUCGAAUUUUUUAUCAUUCUGCGCACGCAUAACAUGCUUUUAUUUGGCCUCGGAAGGUGGUUUUUUUACCGCCGCAAAUCAAAUAUCUUCAGAGGCCGUGCUUUUUUAUUGGCUGCCUUGGUUCUGGUUAUCUUCCUUGUCAACAGACUUCCGCUUCCGAUUUACCGAUUUUUCUCUUCCCUUACCUUGCUGAGAUGCAGGUAUCAGCUCGUUCAAGACGAUUUCUUCAACAACAUGCCGAUUCCCGAGGACCCACUGCUGUUGCCCUUCCCUGAGUUCAACACGUCGAGCCUUCCAAAAGAGGGCGACGCCAUGAUGCAGAAAAGAAUUCACCAGAUCUUUAUGUCAGAGCAGAUACCUAUCGUCUAUGAGUCAACAAUCAAAUCAUGGAUGGUGCACCACCCGGACUGGGAGUACAGGUUGUGGACACCUCAGCGACUGGAAGAGCUGCUGCAAGUCAAGUACCCUCAUUUCGUCGAUACCAUCAACCUUUAUGUCCUGGACAGCCAGAGGGCCAGUCUCCUGCGCUUUCUGGUGCUGCUGGAGUUCGGCGGCCUCUUCCUGGAGCUGAACAUGCACAGCCUGCGCUCCCUCAAUCCCCUCACCUACCAGUCCUCCUGCUUCCUUGUCAUGGAACCUUACGAGACCUCCGUGUCUGAUGCCACUUUCUUCGGGAUGUUCAGCGACCACUUCAUCGGCUGCAGAGCCCACCAUCCUUAUCUGAAGGCUUUGCUGGUGAAGCUGCAGUACCUGCGGUACUUUGAGAGUUUCGACAGACCCAUCGCCUACUACAUGCACUUCGUGUACACCAUGUACGCUGGAGCGCACGUCACCUUCAGUCCCACGCACCCCAACUACGUCCUCCUGAUGACCCCUUACCCCGUGUUUCCCUUCUCUGAUCCCACCAGGCACGAAGCCCUGUACCGGACAUGCGCAGAUAACUACGUCUAUUUGUCUCCCUCACACAAGCGGGUGUGUCAGCAUCUCAAGAGGCAGAAGCCACUCCAACAGCGGCUGGCAUCAGCCUUUGCUUUGCGUCAGCCAUGUCCCCUCUUAAGUGUCAACCGACUUUGGGCUGUUCCUUCCAUGCACAUCCGGGCUAUUGUACCCAAGAUCAACAUGACAUUUCGUAUUCGAGGUUCCAACGACUACAUCUAGGACUACUAGCUUAUCUACAGUUGCUAGCUUCACCAGCUGGCAACAAUGGGAAAUAGCUAGAGACAGAGGAGAGGGAAGGGAUGGGUGAUCAAGUGUUGGUGAGGGGAGGGAUGCUCGGUUGGGAGAGUGAAAAAGUGUGAGAAAAAGUGUGUUUGAUUUUCAAUGUUUCUUUUUUUCUGUAGAAUAAGGUAGUCGUAUUAGUUCACUGGGGCGUGGCCACUCCGAUUCUAUUUCUUUGAAAUGAUAUUAAUUAAAAUCAUAUCAAUAUAUCAUUUAAUAGUAGUAAUCUUAGUGUCAGAAACACCUUGUCAGUUUUGUUUAAAAGGCAACAUUUAAACAAAAUUUAUUUAAAUACAUUUAUUUUAUUUUAUCUUUGUACUUAAAAUAAACAAUAUUUUCUUACUACAAAUGGGUCUAACCCCGUAAAAGUGGAAACGUUUUCAUGAGACCAGUUACAAUGAUUGAUGGAAAAAAAAUAUAAGUACAUUUUUAUCAAUCUUUGAAAAAAAAA